ACACUGUUUCGUAGAUUAUUUUUAAAUUUUAUUUCGAUUAGGAUUUUGGAAUGGAUUUAACUCAAUUAUUCAAAGCUAGUGUAAAAACUGUUCGUUUACGUAAUAAAACUGCGGUGUUUGCUGAUAAAACACGAAUAUUGAAAGUUAAAGCUAGAGAUGAGUUUUCAAUUAAAGCGAAUGACAUUCGAUAUCAAAUAACUCAACUUCGAGAUCUUUUAGUUGAAAAUCGAGCAGCUUACAUGCGAUUUGGUUUUCAUCUCAAAUCUUCAAUUCAAAUGACAGACGAUGAAAGGAAUAUUAUCGAUAAAGAAUCUGAAAAAAUCAUUAUACUUUGUAAUCAAUAUUUAAGCGAUUUAAAAGUUUCGUGCCUUAAAGAGAGAGCCUAUUACAAACAACAGGUACUCACACAUCAGUUAGCGAUACUUGAUAUUUUAGCUAACUAUCUGCGAGAUGUAUUUAAUAUGCACAAUAAACAGAAAGAAAACCGCAUACAACAUGAACUGGAAACAUACAGAUUACUGAAGUUAGAAUCAAAUACCAGUUCCGAUGGCGCUUGUAUAAAAAGGGAUGUUUUGUUGGAUAAUAGAAAUCAAAACACAAGUCAAUCAAAUGAUGUUGCAAUAGAUGAAGAUCAAUCAGACAAAUUUAACAUUGACUAUGAUAAUAUGACCUCUGAUGAUAUACAAUUGCUCGAAUCAGAGAAUACGCAACUGCUGAAUGAUCUAAAAGGUCUUUCAGACGAAGUGGAUCAAAUUGAAAAGAAUGUUUUUGGAAUAGCCAGGUUACAAGAAAUUUUCACAGAAAAGGUUACCGUACAAAAGUAUGAUAUUGAAAGAAUUGGCAAUGUUGUAAUAGGUGCUACGGAAAAUAUAAAGGAUGCAAAUGAACAAAUAAAGCAAGCUAUUCAACGUAAUGCCGGACUUCGAGUUUGGGUGUUAUUCUUCCUGAUUGUAAUGUCAUUUACUUUACUGUUCUUAGAUUGGUAUAAUGAUUGAAUAAUAAAACCGUUUUUAGCAACAAUUCAUUUCGAUUAAA